UUAAGUACCGGUACUAUGAUAAAAUAUUAUUAUGAAUUAAGGAGUUGGCGUCACUCUCGGCGUCAACCAUGCCAUGAGCCCAUACAAAAAAAACGAACAAAAGUUGCAAAAGUGGUGCCUGUACGGUACCGAAGCAGUAUCGGACCGUAAGAGCAAUAUCAUUGAGGGAUGCACCAUGUCGACACACCCCGUCAACGCAAGUGGUCCAGAAAGGAAAGAUCCUAAAGACAUUGAUUGACUCGACCUUAUUCUAGCUAGCUAGCAGCGACGACAGAUUUCGUCUUGGUUUUGGGAAAUUUUGAGUUCAUCAAAUUUUGCACCAAAAAUGGUGUCCAAGGGCCGAUUUUUGCGGCUUGGUGCCUGCCGACCGUAACUCAUUGGUCUCCACCGCAACAAUAGGAUCAGAUUCUUUCAAUUGUUGUUGUCUCGCAUUUUUAUCAUCGGUGGCGACAAUAGGAAUCAGAUUCGAUUCUUUUUAAAAAUUGCUGUCUCGAUCCUCAGGAGUGUCGUUGUUGACGAUGGUGGUAUUUCGUGUGAUUGGAUUCUUCUUCUUUCUGUUCCUGCGAGUUCCGCUGGUAUACUGCCAAAUCAAAAGGCACUUUCCAAAGCUGUUUCGAGGGAGUCGCUCGGCAGAAGAUGAGGUCAGAAAUAAUCCCAAGCUGGUAUCCAUCCAUGCCAUGGAUUCUAACAGGACCCUCCACCAACCGCGCAAUAUGUUUCAAGAAGGCAUCAUCCACCUCUCCAACGAUGUCUGGACGCAGGAUGAAAUCGAGGUACAACUGUUUCCGUCUGGUGGACAACAAUCCGCUACCUAUCACUUUCGUCAAAAACCGUCUGAUCAGCCAAAACCAAACUUGUUCCAUGGCUACAAUGACAACGACAACGACAACGACGAUGAUACCGGCAUGGCAGAUUCCAUAUCCUUGGUUCAAACGACCGUGACAGCGUCGCAGAUUCCAGUGAUUACCGGUAGUAUCCACGUGCAAGGGGCUUUGUAUCAAAUUCGACAAUUACCGGGAGGGGACCUGGUUGUGGACCAGCGGGGGAGGGAUGAGGACUUUGAUGACGAGAUUGAAAUUGAGGAUGAAGAGGCGGAAGAAUGGGUAGCUCCAGACCUGCCUGGAAAUAAUGAUCUUGCGCUGGAAGUGGACUUUGCAAUGGAUCCACACAGGGUCCUCCUUGCAGAAGAAGGAUCGGACAGUUUCUCGGCUCUGCAGUACGGCGCUGCAUCGGAUGACUCCCAUUUGCACCACCGAAGGAACUUGAUCAACAAUAACGAUGAUGGCAGUCGUAUUGAUAUAAUGAUUGUAUAUUCACGAAACGCAAUGUGCGCGGCUGCGAAGCAAAACGACAAUACAUGCCAGCCGUCGUCGCAGAAUAAGGCUACCAUCGAGGGAAUCAUUGAGUUGGCAGUCAAAGAGAGCAACGAAGCCUUCGAAGCAAGCAAUAUUCCCACCAAGCUUCGCUUGGUGAAAGUCCAUUUCGACGACCAGUAUGAUGAUACUCAAGAAGAGUGGCCAACCGUGUUUUCUCAUUUCACAGGAACAAAAGAUGGGCAUAUGGACUAUGUACACGCUAUGAGAGAUCAAUAUGGCGCUGACUUUGUGUCCUUCAUUGUCAACACUCGUGGUUAUUGCGGCUCUGCCCACCGUCCCAAGACACCAAAUCCAGAACGAGCAUUCAGCAUGGUGAGGUGGGACUGCGCAACAGGUCACUACACAUUCACGCAUGAGCUUGCUCACACUUUGGGAUGCCGGCAUGAUUUAAAGAGCACCAAAUCGGAGGUUGAGCCUGGGGAUUUCAACUUCGGCUUUCAGUACUCUCCGCCGUCAGACAAAAAAAGAAGAUUCCGAACGCUCAUGGCAUACAACUGUCCUGAUGGAGGAUGUCAGCGCAUUCUCCGGUUUUCAAAUCCAAAGAGAACCAGGCAAGGGGUGCCCUUGGGAAAUGUGAAAUCAGACAACUCAAAGUGGAUUCGCUCCCAUUUGCGCCUUUACGCUUCCUUCCGCCCCUCCAUUGUGCUCACGAUACCGAAGAAGCCUCAACCGCAGCUGACUUCUGUGCCUCGCAUUCAGAAUAUCGCAGGUGUUUACCCAACAGAGACACGACAACUUGAUACAGUUCCAUAUCCCGGAUCGCUCAUUGGUGCUGCUGGCAAUAUGUUCGAAGUUGUCGCGAAAAAAGAUUUGAAGAUUACAGGGUUCUCUGUCAUGGCCUAUGCCGCAACUACCGCAGUUGUAGAGGUUUACAAGCUUAGUGAACUUGGUUCUUUUGUCGGCAACGAGCGCAAUCCGCAGGCUUGGCAAUUGAUUGGCGGUGCUACCCUCGACACCAAAGAAAACAAAGCAAGUGCUCUACCUUUUCAAACUAUUGAAGCUGUUGAAGUCAGCAAGGGCGAAACACAAUCGUUCUAUGUCACAUUUCAUGCCAAUACAAACUACAAUCGGUAUUCAAGAGCAUCACAGUUUGGGGACGUUUUUGCUCAGAACGAUGACAUCCAAUUCAAAGUGGGUUACACGGCCAACUAUCCAUUUACGUAUCAUCCAAGAGCCCCCCGAGUUUUCAAUGGUGAAAUUUUCUACGAAGUCGCGUUCCUGCCACAAACGCCCUCUUCUUCAUUGCCUGUUCCCUCUCGUGCUUUCCAAACAACAUUUUCCUCCAAUAAUGGAUAUGCUGGCAACCUCUUCACCAUUGAAGCAAAGACUGAUUUGAUCAUCGAGACGUUUGAUAUCAAUGCAGGUUCUAGAGAGGCAGGCUUGGAGCUGAAGAUCUAUACCAAGCAUGGUGAUUUUGAUAGGUUUGACUUCCAACCAAGCUUGACAUGGUUUGAGCUAUGCAGCACAACAGUGAAUGGCCAAGGCGAAUCCAACCCUACGCAUGUACCCGCAUCAGCUGUCAAAACUGUUGCUGUCAAGGCCAAUGAUCGCCAAAGCUUCUUCAUUACUUUCACUGGGCCCUACAUGAAGUAUACCAGUGCCCUGCUCGACCCAAACUACCUUACUAACGAUGACCUGUCGCUAGUGUCGAGUGCGGGGACACCGCAUCCCUUUACGCACUACUUUCCGAACCGUAUCUGGAAUGGAGUCAUAUAUUAUCAAGCAGGGAGCGCAUAUGAUGCUGAUUUGCAGGGAAUUGACACUGUGGUUACCAAUCCUAGACCUGCAGGCAGGCAUGAUAGAGAGCGGACGGGAAGUUACGGGGCUGUGGCGACCAGAAAUCCGCAGUAGGUCCGUUCCCCUCUAAGUACCAGGUACCAAGUAGCGAGAAAGGAAGUACAAUAAUACCAAGUAGUGAGAAAAACGUUGCUAGCUAUC